AUGUUACCUAUUAAUAAUUCUUGUUUUAAUUUAAUUUAUAUGUAUAAUUUGUCCUUUACUGUAAUCGUUUUGGAUUGAGUAUGGCUUCGUUUAUUUUUAAAUAUAUAUAUUACUACAAAGAACAAAUAAACUUUUGUGGAAAAUAGUAAAAGCGUACCUGAUUUAUAUACAAUGGCUAUUUGCGAGUUAAGAGGGUUGUUAUUGACCGUUUGUAUUAUCGAAUUGAUCAUCACCGUACAACGACAAGUGUUUGACUUCUUAGGCUUCAUGUGGGUACCCAUAAUCGCUAACUUCGUGAAUAUUCUUCUGAUAAUAUUUGGAUCCUUUGGAGCAGUUCAAUACAUUACGAAGUACCUAAUAGCGUAUGCAAUAUGGAGUUUUAUGUGGCUAACCUGGAAUAUAUUUUUAAUAUGUUACUAUCUUAAUAUUGGGUCAUUGAACAGGGAAAGCGGCCUUCUAUCCUUUGGGACAGGCAGUGUUAGCUGGUGGGAAGGCAACGGCUCGGGCUGCCAGACAGUGUGGAGCGAGGAAGAUGGCCCCGGCUCACUGAGGCCUACCCGGGUGGACGGCUGCUUCCUCCCGUGGCAUCAUGUGGAGCUUACACAGUCUGCCGUGGCGGCUUUUCUCACAAUUGCUGCAUUGCCACUCUCCAUUCUAUUGACUAUUCAGUCAUAUAAGAGACGAAAACCAUCGGCAGCAUCAGCGAAAGGCACUCUACCACGGCGGCCAGUCUAUACGAUAGAGCUCAGCCCCACCGAAACAAAUGUAAGCGAGAGUUCCUUAAAACCUAUGACGCCGCGUCGAGUCAAGCGCAGAUCGGGCUCGCGAGGCGCCGGCUCGUCCGUGCGAAGGUCCCGUCGAUCGUAUAGGAACAACGGCUACCUCGCUUCCACUGCCUCGCUGCCUCGCUCACGCCCCGCCUCGGCGCACUCGUCGUACUCCAACUUCCACGCCGCUCGGCCCGCCUCCUACCACGCGCCCGACCCGGACGCGACCCGCCCCCGCGACGCGUACGAGCCGCCGCCGCCGACCGAGUCGGUCACCAUCACCACGCAGAGGUACGACACGAUCCGCGGGCCCGGCGCCGGUUACGACGUCGCCGGGCCGUACGACCGGACCCAAAAAUACGAAUCGAACCCGACGUACGGCAACGUGGCGCCGGAGUAUUCGGCUCAGUACGAGGCGCGCGCCGACUCGGUGCCGCCCGAGUCGCCGUACUCGCUGCGGCGCGGCUGGGAGGCGCCGCCCUACAGCGCGCGCGGCGCCGCCACGCCGCAGGCGCCCGGCCCGCCCGCCUACCAGCAGAACGACUAUAACAUGAUGCCCUAG